AGGGGCUGGGUCCUGCCAGCCCCACGUCUCUCACUGUGGGAAUAACGUGGCACAUGUGAAUGAUUGAGUGCUUUGUGUGGUUACGUCUGAUGUAAAAUCAUCAUCAUAAUGAUCAUGGCUGUUUCUUUCGAAUGUAGGAAACGGUGCAGGGCAAUUUCACCAUUCUUCAUUUAAAAAAAAAAAAACGGAUUUCUGUGCGCAGAUAUGAGGCGAAAUGUCCUUCUUUGGAAAGGUAAACCAGCACUGCAGCAUGUUGUGCAAACAAGGACAGUUCAGGAUAUUCAUCUUGACUUAAGCCCCUAUUCCUGCUUGACAGAUCCUUCCUGGCGAUCCGGUAGGUGGCAGUCUUCUCCUGGUACUGAAUCAACAGCUCAGCAUGCAGGAUAAAAGAAAUACCACUCAAAGCCAGUUCUUUUUUCUGAGCAGAACUGAUACAGAAUGCCUGUGAGUAACAUGCAAAAGCUUAAGACUUUCUUCAGGUUUUAAAAUCUUUCCAGAAUGGGGGAUCAAUCUCUUCUACAGCAGAUGCAUAGUGAUGUGCUGAUAGGCAGUCCAUUAGCAAAGGACAGCUAUGAUUAUGCCUCUCUUCUCAACCUUCAUAUUUCUCCAAAGCCUUCAUCUGCAAGAGGUAAUGAGUCACAUAAUCAAAUGCGUCUGGAAUCUACUAACGGUGGCAUUAGGAGCCAUCGGGACUCCACAGUUUCAGAUGCUGUUGCCUUCCUGACUGAUGAUAAAUCUGAUAGCUCUGCAAACACAAACUUUUCAGCAUUCAGUCCACGGGAAAUAAUGCUACUUCAGUUAACCUUGAUUGAAAUGAUGCUCACUAAAGUACAGUCGAAGGAAACUGAAUACAGCAUAAGACAGAAGUACUGUGAUAUAAUUAGAAUUCUUCUAAAGGAGACACAAGCUGACUCAAAAUUAAUCUGGCUGUUAGGUAGCUCUGAUAAACUGUUAUCUCACAUGGCUUCAAAGGGUACGGCCUCCCUUGUGUAUUUCCAGCUAAAGGAAGACAAUUCAUUAAAUGUCACCUGGCUGGCAUUUUGUUUGAAGACUCUUUCAGAAUUCCCAAGGAGUGUUCAAGCAGCAGAAUGUCUAUGGACUCUUACAGCAAUUAUUAGAGAUGUUUUGAAAGAUGAAGAUAUGUGCAAAGCAGAUAUAAUGAAGAAGCUUUUCACUCCUCUUGAUGCCGUACUUGAAGGAUUUCAUGAUUCCAUUUUGUUUCAUCAUUUUGACAGCCACCAAGAUGCAUCAGCACACUCUAAAACCUCAAAUGACUUAAUUGCUUUCAUAGAUUUGCUUGAAGUUCUUGUGGCCUGCAGAUUCCAACUAGCAUUGCAUUUCAGAUGCCAAAGAAUUUUAUUUUUGAAAACUACUUACAUCCUGGGCCUUGCUAGUUCAUCAGUUCAUUAUUUAAUCAAGAAGAAGUCCAUUAUGCUUGUUAAGAAAUGUAUCCUUUGUAAAGCUGGUGAAGAUUUCACAAAAGGAUUGUUACUAACACCAUCCCUACAGGAUCCUUAUUUAGAUAUGGAUAUGGUAACAUUGGCUGCUGCUCUACUGGAAGCUGUGGAUUUGGGGUGGAUGAAUCAAAUAACUGUUAGUGAAAAAGCCUGCUAUUUCGGAGGCAGUGAAACUCAGCCUAAAGGUGGUGUCCGCACUGGUCCUGACCAAGUAAUCAUCAGAGCUUUAAGCUUGAUUUUACUGAAAGCUUUAGAAACAAAGAUCCAGAACUCUGCUGAGGAAGCUGAAGUCAAAGAAAACCUGCGGUGUUUCAUGUCCAUAUUAUUAACCUUCUUGAAGAACCAUCUGAAGUCAUCUCCACGUUCUUACCCAAUUGAACAUCCUUGUGAAUGGCUUUCCGUGGUCUUUAUAGAACAAGAUGACGACAUGCUGGAAGCUGCUAAAGCAUUAUUAAUCAUUUAUUUAAAGUUGAAUAGAUUAUGGCGUGCUGCUGCUGGUGAUUUGUGCCUCGAAGAAACCUGGGACGAUCUGACACAUGAGAGCGGUUGUAAUCCUCACUGCAUCUUUUUAUAUCUUCUGAAGAACAUUUCUUUUGAUUCCACAGUUCUUCUUGAUUUUUUGAUUUCAUCAGAAACUUGCUUCCUCGAGUACUUUGUAAGAUAUUUGAAACUUCUUAGAGAGGGCUGGCACCAUUUUGUCAACAUCUGUAAUUGCUUUGAUGCUGUAACUAAAGGAGGCGUGUGUGAUUCUUUUGCUACCUCUCCCCACCAGGGAGAAAGAUACUGUCAGACUGUUUUGAGAUGGCAAACUGCCUGCUAUGAUCCAGAGCAACAGACUUCGGCAUCUGUGGUUUCUUCCCAUGAGUCUUUUGCACCCACAAGGCAGCAUUGUGAUGACCAAGUUGCAAAAUCUGACCUGUCUAACACAGUUUCCUUGGGCUGCCUUCAAAGCCUUGUUAAUUAUGACAGCUCAGAAGACUCUGAUUCGGAAUCCGUUGGAAAGGAGUCUUUGGCAAACGUGAAGCAAAUGCCUAUAAAUAAACAAGGCAGUACAAAGAUAAGGGAAGCUGUUUCCAGGGUCAUAGAUGAUGAACCAAAUACAUUUGAAUCAAAAAUGUUGCCUCUGGGACAAAAAGGUUCUAAUACCUCGUCAUUCUUGGCAUGUAGGCUUACUUCAAAUAACCCACCCCCCAUAGAAGGAAUGCUUCACAAAGCAAUGAAAUGUUUGGAAGAACUACAAAAGGCAAUUUCUAGGCUACAGAGAAAAAACCUUUUCCCAUACAACCCAGCUGCACUUUUGAAACUGUUGCUUCACAUUGAGAGAAUCUGUAAGAGCAUGAACCCAUUGUAAGGCAACAGAGUGCCAAGGCUGACACUUUGAAGUGAUU